ACAAAAACCGCAGAUUUCACUACCACUGACCCAGCAACUCACCAAUUCACUUCCUUACUUUGUCUCUCACGAACCUCAUCCCCUCGACAAACUCAAUCUCCCCUCCCCUCUCUCCACCCUCCCUCCUCAAGUAGUCCCAAGCCAUGCAGUGCACGUCCGCCCCGCCGUCCCCGCCGCAUACGCCAUCGUCCCAAUCUGGCAGUGUCCAGCCGCCAUCGUCCGCUUCUUCUUCUUCUUCUGACUCUGCCCCAGCCACCGCCGUCGCACCCAACCCAGCGACGCCACCCGCAUCAGGCACCGUGUCUGCGUCUGCGUCGUCGACAUCGCUGGGGCCGCGGUACCGCCUCGCGACGCAGGUGGUCACGCUCGAAUCGUCGCUCAAGGACCCUUACAACCCGGCGUCCACUCCCAUCUACCAGACAGCCACCUUCAAGCAGACGUCCGCCGACGCGCAUGGCGAGUACGACUACACUCGCUCUGGCAACCCAACCCGCACUGCCCUCGAAAAACACGUCGCCAAACUCUGUGGCGCGCAUCGCGCGUUCGCCGUAUCAAGCGGAAUGAGCGCCUUGGAUGUCAUUACACGUCUCGUGCGAACUGGACAGGAAAUUGUCGCGGGCACUGACAUUUACGGAGGCACAAACCGACUCCUCAAAUUCUUGGAAGGACAAGGGAUUCACACCAAGCACGUCGACACAACAGACCUGGCGCAGGUGGCGGAGGCGCUCGGCACCAACACCCGCCUCGUGUUGCUGGAGACCCCAACCAACCCGCUGAUUCGCGUCGCAGACAUUGCAGGAGUCGUGCGAUUGACCAGGGAGCGCGCACCCAAUGCGCUUGUCGUUGUCGACAACACCAUGAUGUCGCCGUACCUGCAACGGCCGCUCGAGCUCGGUGUGGACAUUGAGUACCACUCUGGCACAAAGUAUCUCUGCGGACACCACGAUCUCAUGGCAGGCGUGAUUGCCGUCUCAAGCCCCAAAGUGGCGGACGACGUGUACUUUAUCAUCAACGCGAGCGGCUGUGGACUCGCGCCUUUUGAUUGCUGGCUGCUGCUGCGUGGCAUCAAAACCUUGGGCGUGCGCAUGGAAAAGCAGCAGCAGAACGCCCAUCGCGUGGCCCAGUUCCUGGAAUCCACCGGGUUGCGAGUGCACUACCCUGGCUUGGCGUCCUUCCCUCAGAAGGCGCUGCACGACUCGCAGUCCACCGGAGCCGGUGCAGUGCUCAGCUUUGAGACAGGAUCCACCGAGACCUCCCAGCUGAUUGUCGAGGCGUGCAAGCUCUUCUCGAUCUCGGUCAGCUUUGGCUGCGUCAAUUCGCUCAUCAGCAUGCCAUGUCGCAUGUCGCAUGCCAGUAUUCCCGCGCAUGUGCGCAAAGAGCGCGCCCUGCCCGAGGACCUGAUCCGACUCUGCAUUGGCAUUGAAGAUGCGGAAGACCUUGUGGAAGAUUUGCACCAAGCUCUUGUGGUUGCAAAGGUGGCUGCUCCGGUUCUUUAGACAUGUCGAUUGUCGCAGUCCGUUUCUUGUUGUUCCUUUUUAGACCAGUGUUUUUGCUUUUGACGUCUUUGUACUUGUUGGUUUGCUCAUUACCGUUGAGCGUAUGUGAAUGGUGGCAUCUUUUUUGUGCUCAAAGCGCGUGUCAAAAAAUGUGAAUGGAUUUUCGUACAAA